AUGCCAACACCAGUGGAUAUUUUUCUGAGACAAGAUCGCGAAGGCGAUGCGGAGGUUCAACUAGGAGCAGCGCAGGAAUGGGACUGGAGGGACGGACGGUUCUAUGGUUUCCAAGAUCGUUCUGUUUACUUACGUCGAGUGCGCAGUGAACUAUUGAUGAGCGGUGGAGGUCGUACGGACCGUUGGGAUGAGAUCGAUCGUGACGAAGACCGUCGGCGACAUAAGCUAUUAUUGUCGUUGCAGGCGGUUUUGCAGUCGCGGCGAUUGAAGAUGAGGAUGUUACAUGAACAGAUGAGCGGUGUACUACCGACGGACUCUCAGGGACAGCCCCUGGGUACGUUGGUGGAGCCGAUUAGGAGGACUAGUUCUUCGAGUCGUUUGGCCCUCUCCGCUGGAGUGGGUCUGGAUGACUUGCAGCGCGAAGCCUACGACAAUAGUCGUCGUUUAAACCGAAGUUGGACGGACCCGUACGGUCGGGCCGCCUAUUCGGUUAAGGCGAUGAAAGAAACUUUUAAAGAAGAUCUGGGACUCGAGGAGGACACGGCAGCUGCUGUAAUAGGGGUCAGCGAUGACCCCAGCCACCACAUCUAUCCCGCAACGGCGUUGCAGAAGGUUUUGUAUGCUGCAAGACCACACAGCGCUGAUGCCACUUUCUAUACAACCGCCGGUACACCCGGCACCGGCAGACGGGCCACACCUGCGACACCCACCAAAACGGCGUCCUUUCCACCAACGGGGCAACCCCCGCCCUCCUCAAGACAGACGUCGCAGUCGAAGCCCACACCACAGUGGUCUAGAACCACCCCACAAGCAAAGGCCUUCCGGUUUCCCUUUCAAGAAGACAGACGCGGCUUCGAAAACAACGGGCAAUUCGCCGGCCAAACCGGCCCCGAUGCGGCCAAGUUCCGAAGUGCUCGAGCUGAUAGAAAUGGUUACACAGGUCGUGAUAGUCAAUUCCGAGAUGGACAGUUCCGAGACCGCGGAGGAGUAGAUGGAGCAAGAGUGGAGGCCGACUCCUCCGCCCCAGCGGACCCUUUAAAUGAGGCCUGGUUGAGGAAGUACUUAUACGAUCUGGCGGACAUGUUGUCCUCCAGAUCUCCUACAUCCUACUUCCCCAAACUCAGGCCAACCACGGCUGAGGGGUACCGCUGGGCCAAGACUAAUGGGGUUGAUGGACUACGAUGUUUCAAAGACCCUCUGAAACAGAACCAACUUGGUCGCAUCAUCCGACGACUUUACAAGUAA